AUGGCGGCCGACCACAGCGAGCUGCUGGCCGAGAUGGCCACCAUUGGCCGUCUGAAUGCCACUGAACGCCUCAAACAUGCCCAGAGGCGGCGCGCGCAACAGCUGAAAGCGUGGAGCCAGCUGGAAAAGGAUUCAGCGCGAGGAUCCAAGGCUAAAGCAGAUAAGAAGAAGAAGCGUACAAGAAAAGUCACCUUCCCGAGUGCCAUCACACUUCUUGAUGCAGCUUCACGCAACGACCUGGAUGAGGUGAGGGAGCUGCUUAACAAUGGUGUGAGCCCUGAUCUGGUCAAUGAAGACGGACUGACAGCCCUUCAUCAGUGCUGCAUCGAUGACUUUGUGGGUGUGGUGCAGUGCCUGCUGGAUGCGGGUGCUUGUGUCAAUGCCUGUGACAGUGAGCUGUGGACACCGCUGCAUGCUGCUGCCACUUGUGGACACACUGGGCUGGUGCAGCUCCUUAUUCAGGCUGGAGCCGACCUGAUGGCUGUCAACGCAGAUGGGAACAUGCCCUAUGACCUCUGCGAGGAUGAGGCCACUCUCGAACUCCUGGAGAUGAUCAUGGCUGAACAAGGUAUAACACAGGUCCAAAUCGAUGAACGCAGAGGAGCUAAAGAACUGGCAAUGCUUGCUGACAUCAGAGAAUUAGUUCAGAAUGGGACGGAUUUGAACAGUCAGGAUGAUAAUGGAACAACACUGCUGCAUAUUGCAUCUGCCAAUGGGUACCUGUCUGUGGCGGAGCUGCUGCUGGAGAACAAGGCUCUGGUGGAGUUAAAAGACUGUGAUGGCUGGACACCGUUGCAUGCUGCCUCCUGCUGGGGACAAAUCCAAAUGGUGGAGCUGUUGGUUGGCCAUGAAGCCAGCUUAGAUGCAAAGUCUGUCCUGGAAGAGACACCCCUUGAUGUGUGCAUGGAUGAGGAGGUCCGAGCCAAACUAACGGACCUCAAGCACAAGCACGACGCCAUCAUGAAGAGCCAAGACCGUCAAAAGGGCACCUUGCAAAAACGAGCGUCAAGUACCGGCAGUAGAGGGAAAGUGGUGCGUCGCGUCAGUGUGAACGAGCGCUCCACCUUGUACAGGCGGGAGCAUCACAAAGAGGCCAUGGUGUGGCAGGAGAGGGGCCGUCAGCCCGAACCGCAAGACGAUGACGAGGACCGUCUGACAGACAGCGAGCUUCAUCAACAUGCUGCAGUUGGAGCCUCGUCACAUUCCGAUGAACCGAUUGCUUCUAUCGGCAAUAGCGUGUCAAGCCUAGGCAAUGGAGGAACUUCCGUGUCUCUGGCCUCUUCUGUGCCUGGAGAAGAGUGGAGCGGGGGAGGUCGCAUGGAACGCAGCGCCUCCUACCAUCUCAACCCAGUAUCGGGGCCCUCGGAGGACGAAGGCUCGGACAGUAUGAGUCGGGAAAAAUCUCAUCACACGUUAGCCGACCUGAAACGGCAGCGGGCGGCCGCAAAGCUCAAUAAGUACCCGGCGCCUCCGCCACCUUUGACUCCUCCCAUUGAAGAGGAGACCGCUGCCUCUGAGGUAACUAGUCCUCCGACGGGGUCUCACGGCACAGAGGACGCGACAUCCCCUAGCCAGGUGUUCUUCACGCCAGCUAGUGGAGAUCCUCCUCUAUUGAAACUACGAGCCCCCGAGGAGGACCAGUCUACAAAGGAGCCUUGCUGUGGACUCAUGUAA